CAGCAAACCGCGAGCGUGGUGAUGCUGUGUCAGUGCUCGAGUGACGUCCAGCAGCGCGUAGUCUGAGUUGUGCGGUGUGCUUCGGGAUGGGCGAUGCAAAGAAGUAGAUAAACAGGCGUGAACACAUUCGUGCACAUGCGCACAAGUGGACAUGAAGAGCUGACCGACAGCAGGACCGAAGCAUUUCGUUUAUUUUAGUUGCAGCUGGCGGUAAGACUCGGAGCCAUGUCGGGACUCGUGCGAAUGGCCAUUGACCGCUACGUUAACCUGGUGGACUCCAUUAGCGACCCCCGGGUGAACAACUGGCCCCUCAUGGACAGCCCGGUCACCACGAUGCUCAUUGUAGCAGUGUACCUGUACUUGGUGGUGAUCCUGGGUCCCCGCCUGAUGGCCAACAGGAAGCCCUUCCAGCUGAACAGCGUCCUCGUCGCUUACAAUGCCGCUCAGGUCAUCUUCAGCAUCGCCAUGCUCUGGGAGCACCUGAUGGGUGGGUGGCUGCUGGAGUACAGCUACAGGUGUCAACCGGUGGACUACUCGCACAACCCGACAGCCCUCAGGAUGGCAAACCUGUGCUGGUGGUACUACUUAUCAAAAUUCACCGAGUUCAUGGACACCUUCUUCUUUGUACUGCGAAAGAAGGACAACCAAGUGACCAUCCUGCACCUCUACCACCACACAGUCACUCCCCUAGAGACGUGGGUGUGCGUCAAGUUCAUAGCUGGUGGACACGGCACAUUUUCAAACCUUGUGAACAACAUAGUCCACAUCAUCAUGUACUUAUACUACAUGGUGUCAGCCAUGGGACCCCAGUAUCAGAAGUACCUGUGGUGGAAGAAGCACCUGACACUCCUUCAGCUGCUGCAGUUCACGCUCGUGUUUAUCCACUCGGCCCAAGUCCUCAUUUUUGACUGUGGAUACCUGGUCGUCCACUCCGUCAUCUUCUUCGUGCUCUUCUUCGACUUCUACCAGAGAACCUACUUCAAAGACUGUAAAUUGCAGGAAAAGCUGCAGUAGAUACACAACUACGCAGCACUGCAGUAAUGACGUGUGCACACUCUACGACUGCGAACCAUUGGAGAUGAUGAAAUACAAAUUUUUUAAAAUAUUAAGUGUAGUAUUGUAAAAUAUAAGGAAAUAAUGUACAUAAGUAAGAAGUGCAAAUCAUUUCCAUUGGUCCUGUUCAACAGUACAAUGACAUGAUGGAUGUUAAUUACCGUGCAUAUAAAUAUUUCAUAUUCUUAGUGAUUUAGUUACAAUUGACUAAGACACUCAUUACUUAUGGCUGCCUAAAUGUUGAAUCAAAUAUAAGUUUGAAAAUGAAACCUAAGCCUAAAAUCUGGCAGUGGCAUUUCAUCCACACCACACGCAAUGGCUCUUAUGUUGUGCCUUGUUUAUACUCAUCCUGCUCCAACUCCAAAGCGAUCUUUGUACAGACUAACGCUGCAUUAAUACAGCAGUUUGAUAAAACA